AUGCCGGUUUUCACAGAACACGCCUCGUCGGCACGCGACCUCCGCGUGCUGCCAUCUUUCGCGCCACCUCUACCUCGCCUUUCUCCAGCCUUCACUUCCAAUGCCGACCGUGAUUCUGAACGUUAUGAGGUCGUUAUCGUCGGCGCCGGUCCGGCGGGUCUCAUAUUGAACGUGCUUCUCGCGCGCUACGGCCUCUCCGACACCUCUUUGCUCUGCAUCGACGCGAAACCCGGGACUCUGGUAUCGGGACAAGCGGACGGGCUGCAACCGCGCACGCUAGAAGUCCUAAAGUCACUAGGUCUUGCGGACGAGAUUCUCAACGAUGGUUGCCACAUGGCGGAAGUGGCGUUUUGGAAUCCCUCCGAGAACAAAGACGAGGUGAUCAAGCGUACCUCGAUCGUGCCGGACGUGGCUGUGCCGGCGCGAUUCAAACACGAAGUCACGAUCCAUCAGGGCCGCAUCGAGCGGAUCCUAGAGACGGAUCUCUUGCGGUAUUCGCGACGCGGAGUGCAGCGGAACACAAAGCUUUUAGACAUGCGCAUCGACGAGAACGGGGACGCAGAGUUUCCGAUCCUCGCAGAGAUCGAGACAGAGGGACAACGGAGGACAAUUCGAUCGAAAUAUCUAGUCGGUGCAGAUGGGGCGCAUUCGGUCGUUAGACGGUGCAUGGGCUUAAAUUUGGUGGGCGAAUCCAUGGAUCACAUUUGGGGUGUGGUCGAUUUGGUGGUCGAUACUGAUUUUCCGGAUAUUCGACGACGGUGCGCGAUUCAUUCACCCGCGGGAUCGGUCAUGGUCAUUCCGCGGGAGCGCAUUGCGACGGGGGAGUACUUGACAAGGUUGUAUGUCCAAGUGCCGGAGGACGAGGCCGUGAACGGAUCUGGAGACCAGAAAGGUCGUGCGAAGGAGCGAAGGUCGAAGGUGACAUUAGAAGGGAUCUUUCAGCAGGCGGUCGGUGCUCUGAAACCAUAUUAUAUCCGACCGAAAGACGAGGGAGCGGUGGAUUGGUGGGCAGCAUACCAGAUCGGCCAGCGAGUGACGGAUGAGUUUGCGGUAAAGGACUCGAAGGGUGUCAAUCGAGUUUUUAUAGCGGGAGAUGCUUGUCAUACACAUAGUCCCAAGGCUGGCCAAGGCAUGAACGUGUCCAUGAUGGACUCGUAUAAUCUGGCCUGGAAACUAGCCCACUCUAUCAACGGCCUUACCCCAGAACCAGACGACAAAGAGACAACCGAUCUUAUUCUUGACACCUACCACACAGAACGCCAUACGAUCGCUCAGGAAUUGAUCGAAUUUGACCGCGCGUUUUCAUCCAUGUUUUCAGGGAAAAUAGGAUCCGCAGAUGACGGUGUAAACGAAUUGACCCAUGAACAAUUCUUGAAAGUGUUCAGCACAGGCAAUGGAUUCACCUCUGGUUGCGGAAUUGAAUACCCCGACAACCUGAUGAUUGAGAAAUCACCCGGCGCAAAUUCUGAAUAUCCAAUCCAACGCACAGACUAUCUCCUAGGAGUCCUUCGACCAGGAAGACGACUAUUAGAUGUGCGGCUGAAGAGACACGCCGACGGGGUUCACAUCCACCUACAAGAUGACUUCCGCUCAACCGGUCGCUUCCGCAUCUUGUGUCUAACCUCGUCGGAUCUACUCGACCCCCAGGGAACUUCGGCCAGAACAUUAACGACCCUUGGAUCUUCUGUUAUUCCACGUUUUCCUCACUCCGUCGUCGAACAGGUAGUUGUCCACCCACGGCUGUCUAGAUCCUUCACCUGGCGAGAUGUGCCCGCCGAGCUGAAGAAAUACUCCGAAAUGCGUUUCCACAACGGUUGCGAGAUUGAUGACGCGUACAAAACGUAUGGUGUGGAUGCAGACCAGGGAGCUCUGGCUGUUAUUCGGCCCGAUGGCAUAUCACGUGACCCCACCCGUGCCGAAGACCCGAGCAGGUCCACAAAUCCUCCAGAUUUUCCAGAUCAUUGCCUCGCCUCCCCCGUUGACUCAGGAAUGAUGGCUGUUGGAAUUCCAGACGGCCUUAAUGGAGCCAACCACCGAGCCCCGACUCCGGCACUGUUUCCUGUCAAGCUUUCACCACAAGCCAAUGAGGGUCUUGCAGUUCAUUGGCGAGAGGGUUUUCCUCUUCGCUUGUUGGCCCGUCGCAGCGUUAGUGGACACUUCGGUCUGAGCGCUCCACUUGUCGGGAUUAAGCGCUUCGUAUCGCCGAUGCGGUUUGGCAUGGUGACGGUCACAGCAAUUCGGCUCCGUGAAAACAAGGUCCAGGUCCCGGUCUGUGCGAAUGACGAUGAUGCUGCCGAUUAUGAGGAUUCCAAUGACGCGAGGAGGGUCGAUUCGGCUCUCGAGAUUCGAGAUGGAAUUGUGAAUGAGCGAGAUUACGAUCUGGAGCAGAACGGCAAAUCUUCUGCUGGCCUUGAGAAAUCGAGGACAGCGAGAUCUGAUCGAUCACGAGAUCUAACGCUGGUUACAUGGGCUGGCCCUGAUGACCCCGAGAAUCCCAAAAACUGGCCGGCAAAGAAGAAAUGGGCUGCUGUGGUUACAGUAUCUUUCUUUACUUUUAUCUCACCCGUCUCGUCGUCGAUGGUGGCACCGGCUCUGCAGUCUAUUCGAUCAGAUUUCGAUAUCCAAGAUGAAGUUAUCUCGCAGCUUACACUCUCGGUCUUUGUCUUGGCCUACGCCGUUGGCCCACUGUUUUUGGGUCCCUUCUCCGAAAUAUAUGGCCGAGUUAUUGUUCUCCAGCUUGCCAAUUUGUUCUUCUUAGUAUUUAAUAUUGCGUGCGGCUUUGCCCAGACCAAAGUACAGAUGAUCGUGUUUCGGUUCCUAGCUGGUCUAGGCGGCAGUGCACCAUUAGCUGUUGGCGGAGGCGUCCUCUCCGACUGUUUCAAACCCGAAGAACGAGGCAAAAGCAUCGCCAUCUACAGUCUCGCACCCCUUCUCGGGCCCGCAGUAGGCCCAAUCGCUGGCGGAUUCAUCGCCGAAAACACCACCUGGCGCUGGGUCUUCUACUCGACUUCCAUCGCGGACGGCGUCAUCCAAGUCGCCGGCCUCUUCUUUCUCCGCGAAACCUACGCCCCCAAGAUCCUGCGCGACCGCGCAAAAGCCCUCCGCAAAGACACCAACGACCAAUCCUUCCAGACGGACGCCGAGCGCCAAAACAAAACCCUCCCCCAAGUCCUCCGCACCGCGCUCGUCCGCCCCUUCAUCCUCCUUGCCACCCAGCCGAUCGUGCAGGUCCUGGCCCUCUACAUGGCCUACAUCUACGGCAUCAUGUACCUCGUGCUCUCGACCUUCCCGGCCCUCUGGACCAGCCCGUCCUACUACAACGAAUCCACUGGCAUCGGCGGCCUCAACUACAUCUCUCUCGGCCUGGGCUUCUGGCUCGGCUCUCAGAUCUGCGCCCCCCUUAACGACCGCAUCUAUCGCCGCCUCAAGGCCCGCAACAACGGCAUCGGUCGCCCCGAGUUCCGUGUUCCCCUCCUCCCCUUCGCCGCCCUCUUCACCCCCGCCGGCCUGUUCAUCUACGGCUGGACCGCCCAGUACCGCGUGCAUUGGAUCGCCCCUAACAUCGGAGCCUGUCUCUUCGGUAUGGGCAAUAUCGUCACGUACCAGUGCAUCCAGACAUACAUGGUCGACGCGUACACGCGGUUCGCGGCUAGUGCGUUGGCUACGGCCGCGUUCUUGCGAUCCCUGGCGGGUUUCGGGUUUCCGCUUUUCGCACCGUAUAUGUAUGACGGGUUGAAUUAUGGGUGGGGAAAUAGUUUAUUGGCGUUUGUGUCGUUGGCGUUGGGGAUUCCGGCGCCGUUGUUUUUGUGGAGGUAUGGUGAGAAGUUGAGGAAGAUGAGUCCGUUUGCUGCUGGGUAG